UUUCCUGCCCUCCACGUGGGUGUACAUCUCCGCUCCCUAUUGGUUGGGAUUAGCAUAGACCCAAAGUAGUGCCGCUGUGAUUGGGCAGGUGGCGUCGCGGGGGAAGGGGUUGUGGGCGCGGCUUAACUAUGGUGGAAGUGGCAUACUUUGUCACAAUGUUCAUUGUCGACUUUUCAUUGGAGCUCCCGCGGAUAUGAGUGCGCAGCGGAAAGCCUCUUGGUUCUAGCCGUGCGUGGCUUUUCGCUUUCAAGGCAUACUUUGUCCUCUAAAGCUCGCAGAGGUCUUCACAACGAUCAAGAAGGACUUUUAGCUUCUUUUUUGUUUUGUUUUUAAAUUGUCCUCCUCGCAUUUUUCUGUCACAAAGGUUAUCGAAUGGACCAGCAACCCAGCGCCCGGAGCUGCAGCAGUCGCGGGGCUCCGUCCUGUGAGGCCGUCCCGAGCGAGCCCUCCAUGAAUCUGUCCAUCCAUUCCACCACCGGCACACGUUUCGAGCUCUCCCUGCCAUUGGAGGAGACGGUAGACGGACUUAAAAGGAGACUGUCACAAAGACUCAAAGUACCCAAAGAGAGGCUCGCCCUUCUGCACAAGGAAACGCGACUGAGUUCAGGCAAACUUCAGGAUCUAGGCAUCUCAGAUGGGAGCAAGUUAACACUUGUACCCACAGUUGAAGCAGGUUUAAUGUCUCAAGCAUCAAGACCAGAACAGUCAGUGAUGCAAGCCUUGGAGAGUCUAACAGAAACUCAGGUCAGUGACUUCCUGUCUGGCCGCUCCCCCCUCACCCUGGCAUUGCGUGUGGGUGAUCACAUGAUGUUUGUCCAGCUCCAGUUGGCAGCGCAGCAGUCUGGUGGUCCCCAGCUCCAGCACAGACACCUCAUCACUCGGGGCAAUGGAGAUUCCACUAUGGGGCAGCCCACGGGGCAGGCUCGUGUCCCCCACCCUCACCCACAGUCCCACUACCACCCCCACCCACACAGCCAGCCAAACCCCCACCUGUCUCAGCCUCACCUGAUGCCCGCCUCCCCCUCUUCCCCAAACUCCCCUUCCUUCCCAAUGUCUUCCUCACAUCAGCUGAUCCCCCCCAUGUACCACCACUCACCCUCCCCUGGCCUUUGUAGCCCCCCUACCCCCCCUCCUCCGCUGCCUCACUCUCCUCACCCCUCCCACCUGCCUGGGAGUCUUUUCCGCUCCUCAUCCCAUCACCAUCACCAUCAUCAUCAUCAUCAUCAACAACAACAACAACAUCAACACCUCCACUACCACCACCAACAACAGCAACACCAGCAACAGCCCCCUUCAGGCCAAUCCAGCCCCCAGAGUGGCCAGCCCAGCCCUGCAGCAUCAGUCACCUGCCCUGAGGCUAACUGCAACACCAAGGGCCCCAGCAGCAGCGCUAGUUCCUUGCCACGUUCCCGUAAGCCUGGUGCUAUCAUUGAGAGCUUUGUCAACCAUGCUCCUGGGGUCUUCUCAGGGACUUUUUCAGGCACUUUGCACCCUAACUGCCAGGACAGCAGUGGACGUCCCAGACGAGACAUUGGCACCAUCCUGCAGAUCCUCAACGACCUCCUGAGCGCUACACGCCACUACCAAGGCAUGCCCCCUUCCCUUACCCAGCUCCGCUACCAGACCCAGUGCGGUUCACCCACCUCCCCGUCCCCCUCACCCCCUCCUUCCCCCCUGGCUGCUGAUGUUACGGGCCUCUCUGCCAAAGCUACCUCGGUGCCUGCUGGUAGCCCUAGCACCCCACCACCGACUCUUCAUCCGCUGAUGCAGUGCCAGAGUCAGAUCCGCAUGUGCAGACCCCCUGGUGAUCGUCUGCGUCAGACGGAGAACCGUGCGACCCGCUGUAAGGUGGAGCGUCUGCAGCUGUUGAUGCAGCAGAAGCGCCUGCGGAGAAAGGCCAGGCGGGACCAGCGCGCUCCCUAUCAGUGGCUGCCAAAUCGCAAGGCUGGACGCAGCAACAGCAACAGCAGCAUGUCCAGCGAAGGCUCCCUGGACCUGGACUUCGAAGACUCUGUGUGGAAACCUGACGUCAAGGCUGACAUGAAAUCCGAGUUCGUUGUUGCCUGAGCCAGAGGGUCCGGAGCCCCCCUGGGCGUUUAGAUGAGGAGAGAGGGAAAGGAUUGAGUGGAAUUGAUUUUUUUUUUUUAGAGGUUUUUGUUUUUUGUUUUGUUUUUGUUCAAGGGGAUGGAUUUGCAGGAGUUAAAACAGUAGUGUGAAGAUCGGUUUUCAUGAUGAAAUGAUUCAGAAAUCAGUAACCAUAAAGGCUUCCUGUGACCAGCAGCUGUCACAGGAAAAAUGCUCCCCAGUGAAGCUUGUCCCGUCGUGUCCCUGACAGCCAACCUUGUGAAAAACAGCAGAACAUUCUUGCGAUGCUUGGUUGUUGAAAGGAAAAUAACCUGGACUUAACGGGGUAAAGGACUUGAGCUACGCUUAACGUAGACACAGAGACUGCAGAUGACAUGCUGCCCUAUUCAAGACCGAACCAUACCCGAACUUGGAACGGGACACAAUUCAGUGGGUGAUGGUAGUGGUGUUGAGUUUUAUUUCUUCGACUUGUCCCCAUCCCCCCCCCAUCCCCCAAAAAAAGGUGAACUCUGGACAGCUAUGGAGAGAUCCACACUGGACUAGUAAACAGAAAAGGAGCGCCGAGGCCUUGGUAAGGCUUCGGUGUUUCUCAAGCUCAUGAAUGGAAGGCAGCCAUCAUCAGGCUGCCAACCUAUGGACUACUGCAACGGGCAUUCUUACUGAUCUCAAAACUCACACAACAGAGUCUUGUUUUUACCUGUUACAGAGGGGUUAUGCUUCUUUUCCAACUGUAGACAUUAUUAUUAUUAUUAUUAUGAUCGUUGUUAUUUUCUAAACAAAAAUAUGUAGCAUUGUUCACAAAGCAUUCAGGUUUACGUAUAACAGUUCAAAGUAGUCGUUGAUUUGCACAUUUCCAUGAUUUGAAACAGUUGGUCAAAGUGUGCAAGAAAUUACGUGGGGGGGCCUGGGGGAGUCGGAAUAAAAAAAAUUUAAAAAAAAUAACAUGGAAGACGUAUUGAUAUCAAUCUUAGUAACAAAUGGUGUCGAUAGGGAUGAUUAAACGAAUAAACAAAUGAAUCGAUAUUAACAGAAAGUGCUUUAGAGGAUUUAAAAAUCUUUAAAGAUGUAUAUGGAAAAAAAAUCUAUUUUUAUUUCUCUUCCUAUCUGCUGUUUUCAAAAAACAGCAGCCCUCUGUGGCUUUAGUCAAGUCAUUGACUACCGAUAAGUACAUAUAUCCAUUCAAUCAUUCAUUAGCUCGUUCAUAUAUUAGUCAUUUAGCCACAACAAAUGAUGAGGAAGAAUUUCCAUUCAGUCCACCUUAUAUCGUACAGACCUGAAUGGACUUGCUAGGGGGUUUGUAUUAGGGUUUGUAUACAUUAAUGUGACAAUUGGCAAGGGUUUAUGAGGGUGUGUGUGUAUGUGUGUCUUCAGUGUAAAUUGAUUUCAUGUAUCCCAUGUCUGAAAACAUAAUUUUUUUUUUUUGGGUCAAAACUGUAUUCACCCCAAAUCCCCGUAGUUACUCAGCUCAUGAAGAUCAGUGCCGCGGAUGCAUGGAUCAUCACUUUAUACCGUACCAGAACGAGACACCGGUCUUUUAAAGAUGGUUCCCCGAUUUUAGGUCCACUGGAAACACAGGUCAGACUGUAUUCCUAGACCGUACGGCCGGAUAAUAUUGUCUAUAUUUUCCAUUUCUGGCCAAGAGAAAGAAGAGGGGGGGGGUCUGUAUCCAGCGUCAUUUUCUAGUGCCUCCACUAGUUCAUCCACUGACAUAUCAGGUUAGGCCUUUCACAGUUUUGCUGCUACACGUGAGGAGAUAAAAAUGGGAGGGGGAAUGACUUUUCUUUGCAUGCAAAAGUGUGAAAUAUACUGAUCUUUUUACUAUUGUUAAAAGGAAGAAGAAAAAAAAGACUUAAGAAAACUGGUGCUGUGGGGAUGGAGGUCAACAACAUGCAUGAAUUUGUAAAAAAGAAAAAAAAAGAUUACACAACGCUGCUUUUGUCAGAUUAUUUUUCUUCUUUUUAAUUUUUCAUCAUUAGAACAGCAGUGUCCUGUUCCAAGUAUUGCGAUGCAAAGCCAAAACAGAUGAAGUAAGACUGGACUAAUAACUCGUUGAGCAGUGAACAUUCCUGCUCUGUGACGAUCAUGAUGAUGAUGAUGAUGAUGAUGAGCAAAGGAGCAACUGACUCGCUAAAUGCUAAAACGCUGGCUUUCCCCCCAUGUUUCUCAAGGAUCCAGACAGCCUACGAACCAUCUAGCCACCUUCUCCCAACCGUUGUUAACAACCAAGACUCAUAUAUAUGGACAUAUUAGCAGGGAACCAAUGGACCAGCAGAAAUACAGUACUUUCCAUCAUGUUCAAACUCAUUCUAGAGGAGCGUCUAGCCUGACUGUCUGUCUGUUUAUCUGUCUAUGUCUGAUUGAUUGACCACCUUUACCAUGAUUGCACUCCCAGAGAUUGCAGUGAGAGAUUACCCUUUUUGGUGAACCUCAUCUUUUUUUUAAGUGGCCUUAACUUUCACUAAAAAUGAGACACUUGGGGACAAUGGGGCGGGGGGUGGUGGAAAUGUUUUCAGUUUUUGAACUUUGUGUGUGUCGUCAGACGUGUUGUCAUCAAGGCACCAUUUUUGUCACUGAGGACACUGGGCAUCUCUUGUUUAGUGCUUUUAGCUGGUGGAGUCUCUAUUAUGUCAAGGCUUCUGUGCCUUAAAACGUUGCCCUUGCAGUGUCAGUGUCACAUUUAAGCUGAAGAAAUUGUUUUCCAUGGAUUGAUAUACAAGACACGAUAGUAGUCGCAGUCAUGGGAGUAGUAGAUUUUUAGGGGUAAAGCUUGUUUGAGUGAAUUGAUAACUCUUAAAAAGGUCGGUUUUAUUCCUCAAAUAUUGUCUUACUCCCAUUUCUCUGUUGUGUUGCCAUGCUCGAUGGUCUCUCCGUUGUCCGUUCCUCGUCCUCCUCCUCUCGUACCCUUCUUCUGACUCUGUCCUACCCACCAACAAGCUGCAAGAGCUACAAAUUUGGAAAACGCAUUAUGUUCGUUGAGGAAGUUUUGACCACAGUACUUACUUACAUGGCAACAAAUAGCCCUGAUUCAGAAUGGAAAAGGUCCUCUGAGGACUUCAGACGACAUGCACUUCCUGUUUCCUUGGAUUCAACCUAUUAAAGGACAAUUUACCCCCACUCCCUCCCAAAUUUGAUUUAACUUUUCUUUUGUAUAUGUAUGAACUAUAUUCUGUGUGUGCCUCACUUCUUUGUGAAACUGAAAAAGAUGAAACAAAACAAAAAAGACAAUGGGCUGCUGGUAUUUAAACUAAUGGGUUGGGUUGGCAGGGGUAUAAAGAUGGGGGAGGGGGGUACAUGUUGGUGGAAUUCUGAUCACAUCAGUUAAGUUGCCUGUUCUUUCUUGUAGCCAACCAUUGAAAAUAAUAACAGGAUUCAAGAAUACAAUUUACAAUGUUCUAGCUCUAGACCGGUGUAGCACAUGUGUGACUGUAUUAAUUUAUGAAACCAAAAUGGUAACUGUGAAUUAUGUAUUUCUUUGUGCAUUUUCUAAAGUGGGGGAGAAGGUGGUUGGGACAUUAAGAGCAAUUGAUGCCUAUGUCCUAUACUUUUGUUUUUGGUGGAAUAUAAUGGAAAUUAUCAGUUUCCCAAAAAAAAAAAAAAAAAAAGACAAAACAAAGAAGAAAAAAAAACAACCCUAAAAAUUAUAUGAAUAUAUUUUUUUUCUUAAGCAAUACAUUUCAGUGUGACUUGUGAUAGAACAUUUUUCUUUUUUUUAGGUAAUAAAUGAAUAAAAAGCAAAAUG